UUUGUAAUCUCUCCAGAGAUGUGCUCAAAAGUGAAAUGGCUCCAGCUGAUUCCUCUCACGAUGAUGAUGAUGAUGAUAGGAACCCUGGGUUCCUCCUCUCGCGCCUCCAUCAUCCCGUCCCCGGGCAACAAUUCGAGCCAAUCCGUCCCGCAAACCCACCAGCCCUGGAGAUUCGGCCCUCACGAAAAGCCCAGCAAGACGGAAAUCUGGGGCUACGGCAUGCUUCUCGUCACAGGCAUCAGUUCUUGCUCAGUCAUCGGUGGACUGUGUCUUCCUUGCAUCAGCAAUCGGUUCUAUCCGAGCUUCAUGACGGUCCUCAUCGGUCUCGCCAUGGGCACUUUGCUCUCAUCCGCCUGCUUCCACCUCCUUCCGACUGCUCUUCAGGCGCACGAAAUAUUCGAGGAAAAGGGAGACUACUUGUUCCCGGCUUUGGGUACGGUGAUCGGGGCUUACAGCUUUUUGCUCGUCGAAACUUGCUUGAAGGUCGUGUUGCAAUUUCGUCAACGCCCGAAAGGGAACCCGGCGACCAUCACGUGCGUGCAGACUAUUGACACUGAGGACGUUGUUCGGUGUCAGGAGCCGGCAAUAAAGGCUUCCUUUGGUCAUCCGGAAUACAGAAAGAAAACCAGGAAAAUCAAAGAUCUCUUCUGCGGAUCCGGAACCAAGAGCAAAGCCGAGAUCGCGUCCGUCGCCUGGAUGAUCAUCGUCGGCGACAGUCUCCACAACUUCGUCGACGGCGUCGCCAUCGGCGCCGCCUUCAGCGAAAGCGUCCUCGUCGGCCUGUCCGUCUCCAUCGCCGUCAUUUGCGAGGAAUUCCCGCACGAAUUGGGCGACUUGGCCGUGCUCAUCAACGCCGGCAUGUCCAUUCGUCGGGCCCUGCUCUACAACUUUGCGUCCGCCCUGUCGUGUUACGUGGGGCUCGCGUUCGGGAUUCUGUUGGGCGACGUGACGGAGUCGGCGUCCAUCAUUUUCGGGGUCGCCGGCGGGAUUUUUUUGUACAUUUCCCUGACGGACAUGGCGCCCGAGUUGAACGAGGCGGCGGCGAAUGCGUCCAAGGAAGGGCUGAGGGCGUGGGGGAAGGUUGUGAUUUUGCAGACCAUCGGGUUCAGCACUGGCGUCGCGUUUCUAUUCCUCAUGGCGUAUUUCCAAGAUAGCAUGCAACUGGAAACUGGUUUAUAACUACAGUACUCGCUUCCCAGUCCCGACAUACACGUUCCAUAAGUUUUGAAAAUAAUUCGGAUGAAUAAACGAGGAUUUUUUUUAUUCAAAA